CCUGAUGACCCUGGGGAUCUUAGCGCUGGUGACGUCGACGGGCUGCGCAUCGGCCAACGCGCUGCAGUCGCUGACGGACGCCAUGCACAUUCCGCACCUGUUUGUGCAGCGCAGCACGGGCGGCUCCCCGCGCACGGCCUGCCAGCUCAACCCCAGCCUGGAGGACGAGGAGUACACGCUGGCCGCGCGCCCGCCCGUGCGCCUCAACGACGUCAUGCUCAAGCUGGUCACCGAGCUGCGCUGGCAGAAGUUCAUCGUCUUCUACGACAGCGAUUAUGAUAUACGUGGACUGCAGGGAUUUCUCGACCAGGCCUCCAGGCUGGGACUUGAUGUAUCAUUACAAAAAGUGGACAGGAACAUCAGCAGAGUGUUUUCCAACCUUUUCACCACCAUGAAAACGGAGGAGCUGAACCGCUACCGGGACACCUUGCGAAGGGCCAUCCUCCUCCUGAGCCCACGGGGAGCCCAGACUUUCAUUAAUGAGGCUGUGGAAACCAACCUUGCAUCAAAGGAUAGUCACUGGGUCUAUGUAAAUGAGGAAAUCACUGAUAAUGAAAUAUUGGAGUUGGUGCAUAGUGCUCUGGGGAGGAUGACAGUGAUCCGGCAGAUUUUCCCUCUGGCAAGGGACAACAACCAGAGGUGCAUGAGGAACAACCACCGAAUAUCAUCGCUGCUGUGUGACCCACAGGAAGGCUAUCUUCAGAUGCUGCAGGUUUCCAACCUGUACCUGUAUGACAGUGUGCUCAUGCUGGCCAAUGCUUUCCACAGAAAACUGGAGGACAGGAAAUGGCACAGCAUGGCAAGUCUGAACUGCAUGAGGAAAUCCACCAAACCUUGGAAUGGAGGAAGAUCCAUGCUAGAGACUAUUAAGAAGGGUCAUAUAACUGGGCUAACUGGUGUUAUGGAGUUCAGAGAAGAUGGAGCCAAUCCCUAUGUCCAAUUUGAAAUACUGGGCACCAGCUACAGCGAAACAUUUGGCAAAGACGUGCGGAGGCUGGCGACGUGGGACUCUGAGAAAGGCCUGAACGGCAGCCUCCAAGAGCGGCGUCUGGGCAACGACCUACAGGGAGUGACACUCAAAGUGGUGACUGUCUUGGAAGAACCUUUUGUGAUGGUGGCAGAGAACAUCCUUGGGCAGCCAAAACGAUAUAAAGGAUUUUCCAUUGAUGUCCUGGAUGCACUGGCCAAGAAUCUGGGCUUCAAGUAUGAGAUAUAUCAAGCUCCUGAUGGCAAGUAUGGACAUCAGCUCCAAAACAGCUCCUGGAAUGGCAUGAUUGGAGAACUCAUUAAUAAGAGGGCAGACCUGGCCAUCUCAGCCAUCACCAUAACGCCCGAGCGGGAGAGCGUGGUGGACUUCAGCAAGCGCUACAUGGACUAUUCCGUGGGCAUCUUAAUCAAAAAGCCCGAGGAGAAGAUCAACAUCUUCUCACUCUUCGCCCCUUUCGACUUCGCGGUGUGGGCCUGCAUUGCGGCGGCCAUCCCCAUCGUGGGGGUGCUGAUCUUUGUGCUGAACCGCAUCCAGGCGGUGCGGGCGCAGGGCGCGGCGCAGCCCAGCCCCUCCGUGUCCUCCACCCUGCACAGCGCCAUCUGGGUCGUGUAUGGAGCCUUCGUGCAGCAAGGGGGUGAAUCCUCUGUCAAUUCCGUGGCGAUGCGCAUUGUCAUGGGAAGCUGGUGGCUCUUCACCCUUAUUGUGUGCUCUUCCUACACAGCGAAUUUAGCAGCAUUUCUCACAGUAUCAAGGAUGGAUAAUCCCAUAAGAACAUUUCAGGAUCUGUCCAAACAAAUGGAUAUAUCUUAUGGUACAGUCAGGGACUCUGCAGUGUAUGAAUACUUUAAAGCAAAAGGGACCAACCCUUUGGAGCAGGAUAACACAUUUGCUGAACUGUGGAGGACCAUCAGUAAGAAUAAUGGGGCAGAUAAUUGUGUAUCAAACCCUUCUGAAGGCAUCAGGAAGGCAAAGAAGGGAAAUUAUGCUUUCCUGUGGGAUGUGACAGUGGUGGAAUAUGCUGCACUGACAGAUGAUGAAUGCUCUGUGACAGUCAUUGGGAACAGCAUCAGCAGCAAAGGAUAUGGUAUAGCACUCCAGCAUGGAAGUCCCUACAGAGAUCUUUUCUCCCAGAGGAUCCUAGAGUUGCAAGAAAGUGGAGAUUUGGAUGUUCUUAAGCAGAAGUGGUGGCCACGGAUGGGACGUUGUGACCUGAAUAGCCAUACCAAUGCACAGACAGAUGGGAAGGCACUCAAGCUGCACAGUUUUGCAGGAGUUUUCUGCAUUUUGGCAAUAGGCCUUCUUCUUGCUUGCUUGGUGGCAGCAUUGGAGUUGUGGUGGAACAGCAACCGUUGUCAUCAAGAAACACCGAAAGAGGACAAAGAAGUGAAUCUGGAGCAGGUGCACAGACGCAUGAACAGUUUAAUUGAUGAAGACAUAGCCCACAAGCAGAUCUCUCCAGCGUCCAUCGAGAUCUCAGCGCUGGAGAUCGGUGGCAUGCAGCCAGCUCAGACCCUGGAGCCGGUGCGCGAGUACCAGAACACGCAACUUUCUGUCACCACCUUUUUACCAGAACAGACAACUCAUGGUGCCAGCAGGACACUGACAGCUGCCUCGGGCAGCAACCUGCCGCUGCCCCUGAGCAGCUCAGCCACCAUGCCCUCCAUACAGUGCAAACACAGGUCACCCAACGGAGGACUAUUCCGGCAGAGCCCCGUGAAAACCCCGAUCCCAAUGUCAUUCCAGUCCGUGCCGGGGGGAGUCAUUCCAGAAGCAAUGGAGCCCUCGCACGGAACAUCCAUAUGACGAAAACAAACAGUACAAACAACCAGCAGAGAUUUUUAAUACAAAAUUUAAAAGAAACAAAAAAAAAAAAAAAGAAAAAGAAAAAGAAAAUGAACUCUUACAUUUUUCUUGUAUAUACUUGUAAAUAAUGAAAGAAUGAAGUGGGGUAAAAGUGUAUUUUGAAUAUUCCCAAUUUUCGAAGUAAGUAAAAAAACAAAACAAAAAACAAACAAAAAUGUAUGAAUGACUUUGUAAAUUUUGUUCUAUAUGAAUAAAAAGGCAAACUACUUGUGGUCGUUCUCAAGUGCCAAAGAAGACCUGUUACUGGGACUGAGGGCCAUACUUUUCUUUUUUUCCCAUGGAUUUCAACACUUAUUCCCUUACAGGUAUGGUUUUUUUAAGAGCAAAAAAUUUAUCUCUUUCUUGCUAGAAAAAUUCACCAUGCUCAGAUUUCUCCUUUCCCCAGAACCCUGUUUUAUAGUCACGAUGACAAUUCACUCAGAGAACUUAGCAG